CAAAUUAAACUAAAAACAAAAUGAAAUUCAUAUACACUAAUGUUCUACUAUUCUCAUUUCUAUUCGUAUUCAGUCUUUCCCAUAUAAGAGCUUCAAAUUCAGCCAUUGAUAAUUUCCUUCAAUGCCUUCCUUCUCGCCCAAAUCCAUCACAUCCGAUCUCUAACGUCAUCUAUACUCCUACAAAUGCUUCGUUCUUAAGUGUUCUUCAAAGUUACAUACGCGAUAGUAGAUUUAACACGUCUACUACACCAAAACCUCUAGCUAUUAUCACGGCCUUGGACGUGUCUCAUGUCCAAGCAACCGUGAUAUGUGCGAAAACAAGUGGGGUUGAAAUUAGGAUUAGAAGUGGUGGACAUGAUUUUGAAGGACUCUCUUACACUUCAAAUGUUCCCUUUGUUAUCCUUGAUAUGUUCAAUUUGAGAUCCAUUGAUGUUGACAUACCAAGUGAGACGGCUUCUAUCCAAGCUGGAGCAACUCUAGGUGAGCUUUAUUAUAAGAUUUCCCAAAAGAGUAAGAUCCAUGCUUUCCCUGCAGGGGUGUGCUUCACUCUUGGCGCCGGAGGCCACUUUAGUGGAGGUGGCUAUGGGAAUUUGAUAAGGCAAUAUGGCUUAUCAGUCGAUAACAUUAUCGAUGCACAAGUUGUGGAUGCAAAUGGUAGACUUCUCAACCGUAAAAGUAUGGGUGAAGAUCUUUUUUGGGCCAUUAGAGGUGGUGGAGGUGCUAGUUUCGGGGUCAUUUUAUCAUGGAAAAUCAAACUAGUGCGCGUUCCAGAGAUUGUGACAGUUUUCAAUGUUCAAAAGACCUUAGAUCAAGGGGCUACGGAUGUGGUGAUGCAAUGGCAACAAGUAGCUUCCACAAUUGAUAAGAAGCUCUUUAUUAGGGCACAACCACAGACAAUUCAACAAGGAGGGAGCAAGACGGUCCAAGUUACAUUCAUUGGGUUAUAUCUUGGGAGGGCUAGUGCACUUGUUCCGUUGAUGAACAAGAGCUUUCCGCGGUUGGGUUUACAAGCACAAGAUUGCACCGAGAUGCCAUGGAUUAGAACUACUUUAUUUUGGAAUGGUAACCCAAUUGGUACUCCCCUUGAGGUGUUGUUGGAUAGGACACCUUCCCCGUCCAACUCCUAUGGAAAACACAAGUCUGAUUAUGUGAAAACACCUAUUCCAAGGGCAGGAUUAGAAGCUAUAUGGAAGAAGAUGAUUCAAGUGCAAUCAAAUAACAUUUUACUGAUGCAAUGGAAUCCUUAUGGUGGGAGGAUGAGCGAGAUUCCUGAGAAUGCAACGGCAUUUCCUCAUCGAGCAGGGAACCUCUUUAAGAUGCAGUACCUUACACUUUGGCAAGAUGGUAGUGUUGAUGCUAUAAAUAAGAAUAUCCAAGCUACUAGAGACCUUUAUGCAACAUUUACUCCAUAUGUGUCUAAGAACCCAAGGGAAACAUACUUAAACUACAGGGACAUUGACAUAGGUACCAAUACUAAUGGGAACUUAGGUUUUGCUCAGGACUUUUUUAAGAACAAUGUGAAGAGAUUGUUGGAAGUUAAGGCCAAGGUCGAUCCGAGCAAUUUCUUCAGGUAUGAGCAGAGCAUACCAGUUUUUCCUAAGAAACAAUCAAGCUGAUAUAUAAAGGUAUAGGAAAAAAGUGUUGGUAUAUAUUGUAUACAUUGUUUAAAACUUAUAGAGUACUUGUAUAUUAAUUGCUUGGGUUAUGUAAUUAUGAAUCAGUAUGAAUAAUACAAGUGCAAAACUUAUUCUAAUAGAAGAAAAUUAAACAACAGUUUGCGAAAUCACUGUUU